UAAAUGCGAGCGAGAUUGGAGAGUCAGCAAUCAAAGCCAGCCACCACCGGCCCUCACCUUAUAAUAGAGGCAAUCUUGUAGUAGUGAUGCCAUGAGAUUCAACAUGGGAAACUUACGUGUCUACAUCCCAUUGGCUCUAAGUGUGGAAAAUAUGACAUUUUUUUUUUUCUCGACGUACGAAAUAGGAUGCUUCUUAAGAUGCCUUUUGGGCUAACUCCUGAUGUCUUGAUCUCUCGCUCUGUGGCCGCUUCUGUGUCAGUCUGUUCCACACUUUCACUUUAGUUGCUCGAUAAAAAGAAGUCUUCUUCGUAUUUCUGUUUGUUUGAGGUUGAGAUCUGAACAGACAGACAGCCAGCCAGCCAUGGUGGAAAAGAUAGAUCUUCGUUAUUUUCACAUGCCCAUCUUUUGUGUCCGAACCUUCUUUGAUUCUGUCGUACGCAGAUCGACAGAUUGCUUUUUGCUUUUCAGAGAUUUUGUUUUCUUGUUUUCUUGGAUGAGUACGAAGUUAGAAUUUGCAUACUCUUACAGGCUACUACAAUAAUGGUGCUCGAGGUUGACCUUCAGUGCCAUCGCUGCUACAAGAAGGUGAAGAAGGUUCUAUGCAAAAUCCCUCAUCAGAAAUACAAGACCAGGUGUAUGACGAGAAGAAAAACUUGGUGAUGAUCAAAGUUGUAUGCUGCUCUCCCGAAAAGAUUAAGCAAAAGAUUAUCUGCAAGGGUGGUGAUUCCAUUAAGAGCAUUGAGAUCAAACAGCCCCCGAAGCCAGAUGAAAAGAAGCCAGCUGAGAAGCCGACAGAACCGGAGAAACCAAAGGAUCCUCCGAAGCCAGCUGAGAAGCCGAAAGAACCGGAGAAACCAAAGGAUCCUCCCAAGCCAGCCGAGAAGCCGAAAGAGCCCGAGAAGCCAAAGGAGAAAGCUGCGGAUCCUCCCAAGCCAGCUGAAAAGCCUAAAGAACCGGCACCGGCACCGGCACCUAAGCCUCCCGUCGUCGUGCCUUGUUAUCCAGUACUACCGGCCGGUAAUCCAAUUGGGACGUGUUGUUCAUCAUGUUAUGAGGGUCGUGGCGGGGGGCCAUGUUUUCACGGUCAUGGCGGGCCACCUCCAAGUUAUGAGGGCUAUGGAAGGCCAGUGUAUGAUAGUUAUGGUGGAGGUUAUUACAGGCCAGCCUGCUACGUAAGCCGUUGUGACUAUUUCAAUGAAGAAAACACAUCAGGAUGCACAAUCAUGUAAAUGGGAUUGAAUGCAUGCAUCAUACAUGGUCAUGAUCAGAUCAAUUAGCCUUCUUUUUGCAUCUCAUGUCAUGGCUGCGCGCAUUUGUUUUGUUUUUUUUGCUUGUUCAGAAGGACAGAAAAAAGAUAAAGAGUACGUAAUAAGACUAAUGGUGGGAUG